AUGACCUCCGAGGGAUACCACGACGACACCGAGACCUCGACCGAGGCAGACCUCGAGCGAGCGCAGACCGUCGCCGAGCCGGCUGUCGCGCUCAACAAUGGCGUCGCGGGCGUCGCUGCGCAGUCGCUUAACGCUCCUCUGCGGUCGACUUCACAAUCAGACGACGAUGACGAGAACGUGGCUGUGCCGCCGGCUGACGAGGCGAAGAGAAAACGCUUCAUCAAGAGAGUGUUUAUCGGUGUGCUCGGCGGUCUCACUCUGCUUUGGGUCAUCGGUCUGGUGUUCUACCUAGCCUCGUCGAUGCGCAACAAAGGCGCUGCUGACGAUGGCCCGUUCGAUGGUGGUCGCAAGAAAACCAUCGAGCUGGACGAGGUUCUCAACGGAACUUUCAGAGCCAAGCGCGUGUCCAUCGACUGGCUUGACGACGGCAUCGUGGGGCAUGAUGGCUUGUACGCCGAGCACGACGAGUCUGGGAAACUCCUGGUCGGCGAUUACUCUGGUGCUACAAUCUCGGGAACGAAAAUAUUGAUUGACUCGAGGACGUUCAAGUAUGGCAGUGUCGAGUAUCAUAUUGCCAAUGCCUGGCCUGGCAAGGGUCUGCGCAAGGCUCUUCUUUUGACAAAUGCUAAAAAGAACUGGCGCCAUUCUUAUUUUGGAAUGUACUGGAUCCUGGACGUCGACACCAAAGAAGUGACCCCCCUGAUCCCCGGCGACCUCAACGCGAACGUCAGGAUCGCGAAAUGGAGUCCCACGGGCGAACAUGUAGCCUAUGUGCUUGAGAACAAUCUGUACGUCCGCAACGCCUCGGAUCCAACUUCAAAGAAGCAGGUCACGCAGGACGGCGACAAGGACUUGUUUUACGGAAUUCCGGACUGGGUGUACGAAGAGGAAGUCUUUUCGGGCAAUUCGGCGCUGUGGUGGGCGGAUAGCGGCAAGUACCUUGCGUUCCUGAGAUCGAACGAUUCGAUGGUGCCUGAGUACUCGAUCCCGUACUUUGAGCAGCAUCCGAUCGAGGACGGGUCGUAUCCGGAGAUGGUCGAUAUCAAAUACCCCAAGGCCGGCUACAGCAACCCCAUUGUCGAGUUGAUGCUGCUCGAUCUUUCGACGUACGAGGUUUUUCUCCCAGAGGUCAAGGAUGCUCGAAACCUGGCGGACGACGACCGGCUAAUCACCGAAGUACUGUGGAUCGGCGAGAAAGUGCUCAUGCGUCAGACCAACCGCGAGAGCGAUCUGCUGAAGAUUGUCAUCAUCGAUCCCGCGAGCCGGACCGGGUCCGUCGUUCGCGAGGAAGACGUCAGUGGGCAGGACGGCGGCUGGUUCGAGGUCACGCACGACACUGCUUAUAUUCCCGCCAACAAGUCGCAGGGCCGGGAGCAGGAUGGGUAUAUCGACACUGUGAUUGUGGAUGGGUAUAACCAUCUUGCGUAUUUCGAGCCUGUCGACGCGACUUUGCCCAAGACUAUUCUGACCAGAGGUGAUUGGGAAGUUGUCGAUGCACCGUCGUCUGUCGACUUGUCGACGGGAACGGUAUAUUUCAUCGCGACAAAGAAGGAUCCUACUGAGCGGCAUGUGUACUCUGUCAAGCUGGAUGGGACUGGCUUUGCGAGCAUCACCGAUCAAUCCAAGGAUGGAUACUACUCUGCGUUUUUCUCCACCGGCGGUGGGUAUUGCUUGCUAUCCUACAACGGGCCAGAGGUUCCGUGGCAGAAACUUCUAAGCCUGCGCGAAGGAACCGAGACGAUUCUUCAGGAGAAUCCGGAUCUCAAGAAGACUCUUGCGCUAUACGACGUUCCAGAGACGAUCUGGGAGAAGGUGACUCUUGAGGAAGGCGUGACUGUCAACACUUUCGAAAUUCGACCGGCUGAUUUCGACCCGCACAAGGUAUACCCUGUCUUGUUCCACCUGUACCAGGGCCCUGGAAGUCAGACGGUGGACAAGCGGUUCUCGAUCGGAUUUGAGACGCACGUCGCGAGCCAGAGACAUGCGAUCAUCGUCUCUGUCGAUGGCAGGGGGACAGGAUUCAUGGGCCGCAAGUUCCGGGCCGUUGUUCGCGAUAACUUGGGGUACUGGGAAGCGCAUGACCAGAUCCUUGCGGCGCGCAUCUGGGCGAAGAAGUCGUACGUUGACAGCUCGCGGAUCGCGAUUUGGGGAUGGAGUUAUGGCGGAUACAUGACGCUGAAGACGAUCGAGCAGGACGGCGGCCGGACGUUCAGGUACGGAAUGGCGGUCGCGCCGGUGACGGACUGGCGGUUCUAUGACUCGAUCUACACGGAGCGGUACAUGCAUACUCCGCAGCACAACUUUGACGGGUACGACGGGGCGGCGAUCAAGAAUGUGACGGCGCUGAAGGGCGCCGGGCGAUUUCUGGUGAUGCACGGCACGGGCGACGAUAAUGUGCAUUUCCAAAACACGCUGGCGCUGCUGGAUAAGCUUGACCUGGCGCAGGUGGAGAACUAUGACAUGUACGUGUUUCCGGACUCGGACCAUAGCAUCAAUUUCCAUAACGGAAACAAGGUUGUAUAUGAUAGAUUGAGUCGGUGGAUCGGGCUUGCGUUUGUGGGCGCGUUGGGGGGGAGUGGGACCUGUCAGGUAAUUAGGUGUCUUCAUUGUUUUAUAAAUUGUUGUUUCAUAAAGUGUCUUUAUCAAUAUAGCAUCGAGUUGUUCAUAUGCGUACAUGUCUAA